AUGGACUCAGUUUUACCCAGCCCAACGCCAACCCCUACCAAAAGUGUCUCGACCUUCACAUUGGACACGUUAAGCAACUCAAUAGAGUACCCAAGACUUGCCCCCUCCAACAAUUCGGUGUCGCACAAAAGCAAGUUUGUCAGCGAUUUCGCUAAUCGAUUGUCGCAUAAUAUCAACCACGCCAGAAAUACCCUCCAUCAUACCGAUUCAACUAUGGAUAUUACCGACACUUCCAAUAUCUUGAACUAUAAUAGCAGGCCUCACAAGUCAUUGGCAUCGCUUCCUGACAACCCUGUGAACAAACUCUUGAGUACUGCCACCAAUAUUUCUGCCGAACAGUUGGCGUCGUUGAAAGCGGAGAAUAAGCAAUUGAAAAGAAGAAUCGACGCGUUGGAAAGAAAAAAUGCCCAACUAUCGGCAGACAAAGAGGACCUCAAAGAUGAGCAUUUGAAAUCCGAAGCUCUCAUGAUGAAAGUUAGAAAAUAUAAAAAUAUGAACAUUAAUCAAUCCCACGUUAUUCAAGAAUUAAAGGAGAAGAUUAGAGAAUUGGCAAUCAUAAAUGAUCAAUAUCAACAGAAACAAAAGGAACACGACCUUCAACAGAGCCCAAGGUUCAGUGAAGAUACAGAAAUAUUGAUUUCGGGGAGCAAACUAAAACCUUCCAAGUCAUCAAAGACCGUCAACGUUGACAUGGCUGAAAAAGAAGACGAUGUCAGUUCAACUGUGGAGAAAUUCCAAACAGAAAUUAAAAGCUUCAUGAAUCACAUUGUUGAUAUUAUUGAUAAAAAUAACAGUAAUUCUCAAAGGAAUGACUAUGCUGAAAAACCUGAGCCAAUAAAAACUGUUGAUAAUGGUGACACAACAAAAGAUGUUAAAUAUCUACAGCAAAUUAAAAACGAAAUUGAUCAAUUAAAAAACACGAUCUUGAACUCCUCUAAACAAAAUGAAAACGAGGCGCAAAAUCAUCAACCACAAAAUCAAACUCCUCCUCAAAAUCAAAUUCCUCUUCAAACACAAGUUAACUCUCAGCUACAUUCAUCAGUUCAGACAAAUGUCGAUUUACAGCAACCUAAGAUUCAAAUAGAUCAAAUGCCGCGACAAGUGCAACCUAGCACCCAAGCUCAAUUUGCUACCAAUCAACCGCAGAAUGUUUCUCAUUUUCCUUCUCAGCAAUACCAAUAUCAACAAUUUAGCCAACCGCAAGAUAUUCCCCAGGAUAAACCUAAAAGUUUUCCUAAGGUCGAUGACGACAUAAAAAUGGUGGAAAAUAUUCUUUUGAAUUACGUCAAGAAGAAAGAAUUGAGGAAAGAAUUAGAAGAUUUGGAAAAUGAUGAGUACGUGAAUUACAUUGAAGAAUUAUCUAAACCGGCUAAGAAUCGUCAAACUUCUCCAAAACCUCAAAGCUAUAAGGAUUUUCUAGCUUCUAAUUUCAAGAAUUCUAACAAAAGAGCUAACAAUUAUGAGAAGAACAGUGAAUUAGAUAUUCUCAAAUCCUUAAGAUCUCUUGGAAAUUUGGAUAAGGAGGAUUACUGCUGGUUGGAUGAAGCCACCGCUGAUUUUAGUGAAGACCAACUUAACUUUGUUUAUGAGAAAUUAGGCAAAGAUUUGCAAGAAACUCAGGCGCAAAGUCAAAAAUUAGCCCAGAAAUAUUUCAAUGGUAAUGGCACUCUGCUGAAAUCUGAUGGUCGUUCGUAUGAAAUCUUGAGUGAUUGGCUUGGUAAAACAAAUGAGAAAAGGCAUGCAUAUCGUAUCCUUGGUGAAUAUUUAAAGCGCUCGAACCGAGAACCAACGCCCCACCAUAAUGAUGAAAAUGAUACUCAGUUAAUUUGGUGA